UCCCGAUCCCUGGAGUGGUCCAAAAAUGAGAUUGAGAUGUGUUGUCAAUCCCACAUCAACUGCGGCCCUCCGUCAAAGUUAUUCACCCCAACACGGUUGAUCGAUGUGCGGCCACAGAAUGCAGCUGGCGAUGUCGUGCUCCGGGAUGGAUCAUCCGUGCCUCAGGGGUCACGGUAUUGUGCUCUGAGCUACUGUUGGGGGAAGCUCAAGCCUGCGUGUCUUACCACUAAUUCUACACUGCCCGACAGGCAAGCCGGAAUACCAUGGUCAAGCUUGCCGCAAACAUUUCAGGACGCAGUCAAAUGGUCACGAUCAAUGGGCAUAGACUAUCUCUGGAUUGAUAGCGUGUGCAUCAUCCAAGGGGACAAAACUGACUGGCAUCGGGAGUCCGGCCGCAUGUCCAAAGUCUACGGCAACUCAUAUGUAACCGUAGUGGCCGCCUGUGGUGCAGACCCCAGCGCAGGACUCUACUCUGUACAGCACAACCGCCCUACUGCCACGCGCAUUGCCAACCUACGCCAUGAAAGCUCGGACAAAGCUUGGCCAUUGACAUUCCCGCUGCUUCGGCGCGCCUGGUGCUUUCAAGAGCGGCUCAUUUCUCCGAGAACCCUAUUCUUCGCGCCGGGGGAAAUGGUCUUUCAGUGUUUUGACCGAGUAUCCUGUGAAUGCGGAAGGGAUGAUGCGUCGCGGGAAGAUACCACAUCGAAUAUCAAACACAAGCAUGUUCUUCCUCGCUUGAAACGAGGCAUUGCCGCCAUGAGCUCAACUCCUUCUAAUAUGUGGUGGGGGCUAAUUGACGUCUAUUCCAGCCUGGACAUCACGGUACUGAGUGACCGACUACCAGCACUUGCCGGAAUUGCGGAGUACAUUCACCAGUUCAGACCUGGCGAACAAUACCUGGCAGGCCUCUGGUCUGACACCCUUGUCGGAGACUUACUUUGG